GCCGGAGAGGAGGGCGCCCCCGGCGGGGGAGGCUCGUCCGUGGUUUCGGGCGACGGCGAGUUCGUGAGCGCGACCGGCACUUGCACGGCGACGUAGCGCCAGUCGGGCCCUUGCCGAGUGCGGUUGCGCUUUCUCCUCCCGCUGCGAGGCGAGCAUCCACGCGGACAGAGCGACGCACCUCGGGUUUACCCACCGCGCAUGGCGGUCCGCCGAUCUGACCCGAGUGGAUCAUCGUCAGGGAGGCCACGCGGACUGUGAAUGGGCUGCGACUCCAUGCGGCUAAGAACGACAUGGAUUGGCGUCAGCUGACAUUGGCACUUCUAUUGGUCUUGUGCGCUCUGGACCUGAAAGCAGAAAUCCUCAAAGGGUAUCCCUGCAUCCGAAGGCUCAACCAGCUGUACUGUCCAACACCUGGCAACAGCUAUCCAAAAGUCAAUUGGACAGGCAUUGAAGGCGGUGAAAGGUACAAGGGGAAAAGAGUCAAAAGGGAGCGUAUCGACAUGUUCAUCGACGAGAACAAGGCUCUGAUCCGGCGCAUGUUCGGCGAGUACUCGUCGCCCGACGAGGACGGUGGCCACCGGGACCACUACGAGACGUACGACGGCAAGACCAUCCACACCAGGACGGAGAGGUCCCGCUCCUCGUUCGCCGGUGCCUCGUCCAACAAAGUGGAUGCCUGCGAGUCGGCUGUGGAGAUCGUCACACCGUAUUGGGCAUCGAACAGCGCUGGCAAGAUCCGGGCCAUUGUCAACACCCAGCACUUGCAACAGGCGAUACAGCAAGAAGUCUGCCAAUCUGUGCAGACCAAGAAGUGCAACAACGACUGCAGCUGCGAGCAGAAGUACAAGUGGCAUAGGCUCCUGGCUUACGACCCGGACGACGAUUGCAAAGGAAUCUUCAUGGACUGGUUCCUGUUCCCCUCGUGUUGUGUGUGCCGGUGUGCAAACCCCAUAAAAAAGUGACGCGCAAUGCUCCUCGUGACGUGGCUGCUCCUCUGGAUAGCGCUCGAAAGCAACGAACGUCACCCUAAAGUAAAUGGGGUAUGCUGCUCCGAAAACCUGACGCUGAUCGCAAGUCACACCCGUAACAUAGGACGGAAAUAGAGGAAGCAGUGAAGAACGGUGACCGACAAGACAACUCUGCGACGCAUUGCUACCCAGACAGCUGUGGUGAUGUGAGCCUUUUUGGGAAGAGCGGCCGAAACAGCACGGGACGUGGGACACCACCCGCGAAACAAAUUGUGCGUGCGUGUUCGAUGACUGGACAGCGUGUGUAUACUGGACUGGAAGACGCGGAAAUGUCGCGGGCCGAGUGCCCGCGCGCGCCGCCGGCGUGGCCGUCCUACCGUGAAGCGGUGUGCGCGUGUGUGUGAUGUGUGUGCGUGUGUGCGCUUCAAGCGACUUUGGCCAGGCCGUAUGACGGCGACCAUGGCUGUUGUGUGGUGUACGCACUCAGCAACUGGUGCUCAGAGGACUGACUGUUCAAGGAAGACGCGGGGGAAUAGAAGUAUUACACCCACGUAACUUGUUCAAGAAAGCAGUGACUGUCCUUUCCUGGAGAUCGAUAGAGCGAGAAGCUCUUUCAUCCUUGUAGUUUUCCAGUAGGGAGCAUGCACAUAUUAUAUCUAUGCUUAAGUGUGGCGUGCAUGGUCAUGAAUCGGCCUGAGAGAAGUGAACGUUAGAUCGUUAUUCCAGGCAGGCACAGAGGAAGAAAAAUCAUACUAUAAUUUAAAGAGUGAUAAGUAAGUCGACGAACCAUUAAGUUAUACGGUUACUUGAAAUGAAGGAAGAAAAUGCUUAGGGGGGAGAGAAAGGUUAGAAGGGAAUUUAGAGUUGUCUGGGAAGACUUAAUAAACACUAUGCAGUUGCACACUCCAGAAUAUAAUCCCGGUUAUUUUUUCAGCUUCUCUGUUACACUAGUAGCUUUACGCAGAAGCGACCAAGGAGACCAACUGUGCCUAGCAAAAGUCGCAUAAAACUUUUCUCGCUGUGUGCCAUCAGUGCGGUACUGAGCAGGCAAAAUCAGCAGUUUCGCCUCGUUUCUGUUUUUUUUUUCUUUCUGUUUUUCUUCUCUAAGUUAUUGAUCAUUGCUUUUGAGGAAUGUACGAAUCGCGGUCGGAGAACGCAGUCGUGGCACGACGACUUGAGCAAAUUCUGCUUCCCUUAUACUACGUGCAAUUAUUCCUUCUCGGCCACUGCGAACGAAAGCGGCUUUAAAGUUCAUGAAAAGUACUCGGAGUACUUUUUUUUCGCAUGCACAAUGAGUAGUAGCAAGGCUCUAUGUUAAUUAAAAAAACGAUAUUUAGCCCGUUAGAAAUGAGAGGUCCCAAAUGCACAGCGUAGCAUGCGAAAGUUCAUUCAUGCAAACUGUGUUCGAUUUAUUUUAACUCGUUCUUUUGUUGUACUUCAUGUGCUCUUUGAUUUUGAACAAAGAACGGUUGACUGGGAUAUUAUGGAGUUUAGUGGAAUGUUCUGUUUUAUGAAAACAUGAGUGAAAAAUAAAUAAAAAAACAAAUAAAAUACAUUUUCGCUGUUCCCUCCGCAUCUAGGGGGGGGGGGGGGGGGGGGGGCAGAGCCUGGCCGCUUGCAAGAGCCCUCUAUAUCGCAGUGGUUAGAGAAGCGCAAGUGUGCUGUGCAGUGUCUCUUAUUGUUUUUGCCAACUGAAUCAUCUGACUUUCUGGCAAGGAACGAGUGCAUUCCGAUCAAACUACAAUAGUAACUAUACCUAAGAAUUAUUUCGCUUUAUGCUGCUGUAUAAAAAGUGAGCGGGAGUAAGAAAAUAAAUAAAAUAUAUGAAAGCGUAAAACGAUGCCUAUU